UCAAUUCAUCAGUCGAUGCUAAACCGGUACAUUGAUUACACGGUUCAUUUUUUUUUAAUUAAAAUUUUAAAACUGAUUUUAAAAUUUGACUAAAUAAGACUAAAUUUUUAUUUAUUAAUCAUGUUCUAUAUGCUAAUUAUAUUUGUUCUUGUGUUUGGACGUAUUUCAUCUUUAGCCACACCCGAGGAAGUUUUCGAAUGGAAAGAGUUGACUUUUGCUUGGCCCAAUGAUCAAGCCAAACAAUCAGCAAUUAACGAGGGCAACUACAUUGCCGAAAAUAAUUUGCCAUUGGGAUUGGAUCGGUGGCGAAAUAAAUUAUUUGUUACAGUACCGAGGUGGAAAAGUGGAGUAGCUGCGACUUUAGGAUAUCUUCCUCUGGAUGAACCCAUUAAUAAAAGUGCAUCAAUAAUUCCUUAUCCGCAUUGGAAAGCAAAUUUGCUACCAAAAGGAGAUAAAGCUACAGAAGAUACCCAUAUAAUAUCAGUAUUUAGAAUUUCUAUAGACGCCUGUGAUAGAUUAUGGGUAAUGGACUCCGCUCUGGCAGAUAUAUUGGGCGAGCCGAAAGUUUAUUCUAACCCAGCUAUUUUAAUUUAUGACCUAAAUACUGACAAACUAAUUAAAAAAUAUUUGUUAAAGCAGGAGGAUUUAAAACAGGAUUCAUUUUUGGCCAAUAUUAUUGUAGAUGUGCCAAAAGGCGAAUGUGACAACGCAUAUGCCUAUAUACCAGACCUCGGUGGUUACGGAGUUGUAGUAUACUCUCUUAAGGAAAAUGAUUCAUGGAGAUUAAAACAUAAUUUCUUCCACUUUGACCCCCUUCAUGGCGACUUCAACGUAGGCGGGGUAAACUUUCAGUGGACGGAUGGCGUGUUCGGAUUGGCUCUUGGAAAACCAGAUGAAAAUGGGUACCGAACUGUCUACUUUCACCCACUGGCUAGUUUAAACGAGUUUUCCGUUAAUUCUGCAAUUUUGAGAAAUAAAACUUUAGUUAACGAUCCUCAUAUCUACUAUGAAUUUAAGCUUGAAGGCACCAAAGGAGAAAAGUCGCAAACGUCUGCAUCAGUAUUUGAUGAGAAAUCAAGUACCGUAUUUCUAACCCAAUUAAAUAGGGAUGGAAUUGCCUGUUGGAACACGGAAAGAGAGUUAACUCCCGAAAAUGUUCCGGUAGUUAUCCAAGAUUCCGAACGGCUUGUUUUUACUAAUGAUAUAAAGAUCGACACUGAGAGGAACUUAUGGAUUCUUUCUGAUAAAAUGCCACAAUUCCUUUUUCGCCAAUUAGACCCAAAUGAAAUUAACUAUCGCAUUUUGAAAGCUAAAGUGGACGAUAUCAUCAAAGGGACAAAAUGUGAGGCAUAACCUAUUUUAAGUAUCAUCGCUUACGUAUAAGGAUCUUUAUUUAUAUACAUUUUACUUUAAGGGCUUUUUACUGGCUUACUUUAUAAUAGUAUAUAGAUUGUAGUAGUUAAAAAAUAGGUUAAAAAUAUAAUUCGUACGUACGUUUGAAAUAUAUUAUUAAUAUAU